AUUUCAUUACACAACAAACAGUUGAUGCCAAAUUAAUAUAAAUACUCCGAGUAAUUUUAAAAUUAUACUCUAUAUAGCCACUUAAUUGAAAAAUGAGAGCAGUUACUCUAAAUUCAGGAACUAAAUUAAUAAUAAAGUUAAUGCACGCCACUGGAUAUUACUAAGAUGAACUAGAAUGCAUAAUCAAGAUCUAUGAACUCCUUUCUGAAAGGGAAUAUGCUGUCAAGUACCAGAAUAUUUUGCUUAAAGGGAAUAAAGUGCCUUAAGGAUAUGCUUAAAAGAAUGAGACCAACGGCCAACACAAGGACAUCAACUCUGAAAAUGUAUAUCAUUCAACAAAAACUAUCUAGUUUUUUUCACCCAAUAUGUGCAUGUCUCAUAAUACUGUUCACCAUAUGUGGGUUUAUUUGGAUAACUUAUCUAUACAAAAAAGAAACGAUUGAAACAUUCAGUAAAGAUCCACACCAUUUGGAUCCAACACGUUUGUUUCAAACGAGCAUGACAGAAAAUGUUAAUGUUAAAAUCAUCAAUACUUUGGAAAGACAGGAGGGAGAGGACAGACAAUACAAUAGUUCUGAAAUUCAUUAUACAUCUAAAACUAAUGGAUAUUCAGCAGACAGUUUUACAAGACAAACUAAUGCUGACGUUAGGAUGGCAAAACGACCAGAAGUUAUCAACAUUGGUAUACAGAAAUGUGGAACGGGAGCACUUAAUGCAUACUUAAACAUCCAUCCAAAUCUAAAGGUUAUGAAAACUGAGGUCCACUUUUUUGACAAGCUUAUCAAUCACAAACGACCAUUUAAAGAAGAGUUGAAAAGAUAUAUCAAGAUGCUCCCAAGGGCGUUCCCAAAUGAAACUAUCUUUGAGAAAACCCCUGCAUAUUUUGAUUUGGCUGACCCUUAUGACCUCCACAGAAUGAACCCCGCAUUGAAGCUGAUUUUACUGGUUUGUGACCCUGUAAGGAGAGCAGUAUCUGCCUAUGUGCACAAUAAAGCACAUGGAAGGUAUUCAAAAGAUAAAUCAUAUGAAGAUAUCAUAUUUGAUAAGGAUGGUUACAUUAAUACAACCGAAGAGGUUAUAAUAAGAAGUAGAUAUGAUAAACCACUGGAAAGAUACUUGAAAUACUUCCCAAGGAGUCAAUUUCUUAUUAUGGAAAACACAUUUUUAAUGAGCCAGCCAACAUUGGCCAUGCAAGAAAUUGAGAAGUUUUUAGGUUUAAAAAAAUUCUAUACUAACGAGACAUUUUAUUUUCAUAAGUCUGUUGGUUACUAUUGUAUUAAUCCCUCUAUUCAGCGAGACAAUGCAGGGUGUUUGGGAAGAAAUAAAUACAGAUUUCAUCCUUAUGUAAGUGAAGAAAACAUUUUAAAACUGAAGCAUUUUUUUCAACCGAUCAAUGACAACUUCAUGAAAUUGGCAGGUAAAAAAUUUCCAUCCUUAAUGUAUUUUUAAUCAUUUGAGGCCAUUGGGUCAUGCUUGAUAGUAUAUAUUUACCGAUUGGGAGAUGUUAGGGAUGGUACAUGCACAUUUUAUGGAAAAAAUAAAUAUGAUGGCUACCUGAAUAUGAAACAACUUUUACGUCAUUUAAUGAUGAAGGUCCAAGGUCAAAAAAGUUUGACCCAAUUAAUUCUGUGCAAGUGCAGUAUAAUCACACACUCACACGCCUGAUUGGAAUUUAAAGAACAUUAUGUGAGUGAGAUUCAACAAACAAUAGCCGGCUGUUGAUAUACUUGAAAUGUCAUGGAUAUUACUCUCAUUGCCAACAUGUAUCAUAAAUAAGCCUUCUUAGAAUGAGUGGAUUAUUCGACGUACUGGUAAUUGACUGAUUGUGUGUCUAUAAUAUUUUUUUAUUCGGGCAAAAUCAAUAAUUUCAUAAGCAAUUUUUCUGAUAUGGACAGUGUCUCAUAAGCCAUUGUUGGCUUGGGGCUUUUGAAUAAUAGAACGUAUAACUAUGUAAAAUAAUAGGCCUGUGACACUUUAAUAAAUAAACUAAACUAAAACUAAGAAUAAUUACAAUGGUAUCAUUUGAGCGAUUUUACCUUUCGACCUUUUAAUGGUCACCUAGAGGUCGAAUUCCAAAUUUGUAUAUACGAGUGUAUGGCGGAAACCUGAAUAUAAUUUUAUUUAUAUCAACAUUCUAUACAGUGACGUAGCCAGGAAGAAAAAAGGGUGGAGGCAAAAAAUAUUUCCAAACCUUGCCUUGCUUGCCUGGCAAUAGAAGAACACAA